AGAUAAACGCUCCCGCGACUUCGCCGCUUCUUCUACCUCCGCCGCAGCGUCUUUCGGUUGUUGUUGCAGUGUGUGCAGCUUUUCACCCCAUUCUUUACCUACAUCACCAAUACAGCUCUCACGCCUCCGCUAACCGCCGCCGUCAUGCCGCUCCACAAUGUCGUCCGUUUGGUGGCCGUCGCAGUCGUCGCGCUCCUCUGCCUGCUCGGUCUCUCCGCCUCUGCCGCCAGUGGCCCCAUCAUGGACACCGACACCCACUACUUCGUGUUGCUGUGGUCGAAGAAGUACCCGUUGAAGUACCUGUGGUCCGGCAGCGACCUGUGCAAGUGGGAGGGCAUCUCGUGUGACACCGUGAAGCAGCAGGUGACGAUGCUGUUCCCCAAACUGGGCCUCACCGGCACGAUCCCUACAUGGAACCCCAAGAAGAAAGACUUCAACCCCGCUAACGUUAACGUGAUCAGCAUCAACCUCGCCAUGAACGCGCUGACCGGCACGUUCCCGGAGCACUUCGGCCAGCUGCGCAAGCUGCAGGAGCUGUACCUGCUCGGCACGUCGCUGCAAGGCACCAUCCCGCAGUCGUGGAACAACCUGCCCAACCUCGCCAUCGUCGACGUGUCCAACACGAAGGCCUGCGGCAACCUGCCGGCGUGGGACAAGACCAGCAUGCCCUCGCUGCAGUACAUGCACUUCAACGGCAACACGCUGAUGCACGGCACCGUGCCGGAGAGUCUGGCCACCUUCGGUAUGGUCUCCUUCAACACGAGCGGCUGUCCGCUGUGCGGCUGCAUGCCCGCCGCGUUCUCCAACAGCCUGUAUAUGCGCGUGCAGCUGAGCAACGACCAGCCGCAACUGGUGGCGCCGACCUGCGCCACAGCAAACGUGUGCACGGCGGAGGACCUCACCUGCAAAGCGCGUCCGCAACCCAAACCGAAACCGAACGCGGCGAGCGCGCCGGUCCUCGCCCUCGGCUCCCUUGCCGCCGUGGUGCUGAGCGUCGCGGCCGCCCUCGUGCUUUAA